AUGGAGGCCCAGCGAGCGCUGCUGGACUCGCUCAUGGGCUUCAACCGCGACGGCGACCGGCCCGACGACGACCCGCAGCUCGACUUCCGCCACCCGCGGGUCUGCAAGCCCUUCCUCUGCGGCCUGUGUCCGCGCGAGCUGUUCCAGAACACGCGCCUGGACGCGGGCGCGUGCCAGUUGAUCCACUCGCCCAGCAUCCGCGCGGCCUACGAGCAGGAGGCCACGCGGGACUUCGGCUACGAGCGCGCGCUGGCCACCGAGCUGUCCCGGCUGCUGGCCGACGUGGAGCGCAAGAUCGCCAAGGCGCAGCGCCGCUUGGACGAGGACAACGGGGACACUUGUCCGGACAGAGCGCGGCUGCUGGAGCUCACGCAGGAGCUGCAGGACGCCGCAGCGCAGGCCGCGCAGCGUGCGCGCGACGGAGACGCCGACGCGUCGCUGCAGCUCGUGGAGAAGGCGGAGCUGCUCAAGCGCAAGCGGCGCGAGCUGCUGCGGCAGACGCAGACGAAAGGCGCCAAGGACGGCGGCGCCCCGGACGUCAUCGACCAGAAGCUGCGCGUCUGCGACGUGUGCGGCGCCUUCCUGAGCAUCUUCGACAGCGAGCGGCGGCUGGCCGACCACUUUGGGGGCAAAGUGCAUGUGGGGUAC